UUAUAGUUGAAAGGGGCAAGUUGGCAAUAUGAAGUUGGAGUCUACUACGGAAUGUGUGAAUCAGAAUCUUCUGAAUAUUCAGUAUGCAGUGCGGGGUCCAAUUGUGGCGAGGGCAGCGCAAAUCGAAAAGGAACUAGAAAAGGGUGUAAAGAAACCUUUUGACCGCGUAGUACGCGCGAACAUAGGAGACUGUCAUGCGCUCGGCCAAGCCCCUUUCACCUUCAUUCGUCAGGUGCAAGCGCUAGUCGCCUGUCCUCAGCUGCUGUCAAGCCCAGAUAUCCCUGAUGAUGUAAAAGCGAGAGCUAAGGAACUGUUGGCAGAUUGCACGAAAGGCUCUGUUGGCGCAUAUUCUCCAUCCCAAGGCUUAUUAGUCGUCCGUCGUCGAGCAGCUCAAUAUUUGUCGACAAGGGAUGGAGUACCGGCCUACCCUGAACAGAUAUACUUGGGUUCUGGUGCCAGUGAUCUUAUUAAGGCAGUGCUAUCGCUGUUCGGUGGUGAUGUCGAUGGAAAACCUUCAUCGGUAAUGAUCCCAAUCCCCCAAUACCCCGUAUUCUCUGGUACCCUCUCAGAGCUGGGCAUUGGGCAAGCCCACUAUUACCUGGAUGAAGCUCACGGCUGGGCUCUGAUGGCUGAUGAACUGGAGCGGAGCUGGAUGGAGGCUAGUGAGACCAGUGCUGUUAGAGCACUGGUUGUUAUAAAUCCUGGAAAUCCUACUGGUCAGGUGCUGACACGAGAAAAUAUGGAGGAGAUCAUCAAGUUCGCACAUCGGCGGCGACUUUUCCUCUUAGCUGAUGAAGUCUAUCAGGAGAACAUCGUCUCGAAGCCAUUUUUGUCCUUUAAAAAGGUGAUGCACGAAAUGGGCGCUCCAUACUCCUCGAUGGAGUUGGCCAGCUUCAUAACAGCAUCCAAGGGAUGGGCAGCAGAGUGCGGAACCCGUGCCGGAUUGGCUGAAAUUCCCAGGCUGUCAGAAACUGCAAGAAAGGCGUUCGAAGCUUCGAGAGCUGUGGCGCAGUGUCCUAACUUGUUGGGGCAAGUAGCGCUAGAUUGUGUUAUGGAGCCACCAGCGCCCGGCGAACCGUCCUAUGAACAGUUUGUGCGAGAGCUCGCAACCGUUCGACGAACGCUCUGCGAACGCACAGCUACCGCGUAUCAGAAGCUCAACGCUAUACCUACCUUCUCUUGUAAUCCUAUUGACGCGUCAAUGUUCGCGUUUCCGAAGUUUUCUGUCCCUGCGCGCGCGACGACGGCAGCGCGAGCGCAUGAGAUGAAGCCUGAUGAAUUCUACUGUUUGCGGCUUCUAGAAGAAACAGGCGUCUGCGUAGUCCCAGGUUCAGGGUUCGGGCAAGCCGAAGGCACACUGCACUUCCGCACCACCAUUCUUCAUCCUCGUGAGGAGUUCAGCUACAUGAUGGAGCAGAUCGCCAACUUCCACGUCAAGUUCCUUAAGGAGUAUGAAGAUGAGAGGAGCGAGGGCUAAAGCUUUCUGGAUGCCGCAAUCUAUCUCUAUCGCUCUUGCGCAUUGGUGCGACAGAGACAGACUAUAUAUUUGCGGCGUUUCGCGUACCAGAAAUGCCAUUUGGCUACGGAACAGAAAGCAACAGAGAUGCAUGUAUUGUUUGAUCGCGAAACAAACAAAUUAUAAUCCGCAAUUUAAGUAUUCAUUAUGUAUUUGUAUUUAUUUUUUAUUUAUUUGUAUUGUAACUAUUUUAAGUAAAUAACCCUACUCGUAUACUUGGAAAAGUAAGAUUU